GACAAAAAUGCGGGAGAGUGAGUGACUCAGGGCCAUUUCAUGAUUUCCGGCCCUGGGUCACAUGACGUCGUCAUGUUUACACUCGAUGAAAAGAAGUGGCAAGCAGGCGGCUUAAAGUGCAUGAAUAAUGCAUUGUUGUAACUUGCAUUGCAGACAGAAAUUUAACCCUUUCUAUAUAUAGAAAUUUAGCAGGGAAAUGACAAUAAUCAGUGCCAUCGUAUCUCAUGACAGUCAUGCUUGUCGAAAACAGUCUCGUUCCUGCUUAAGAUAAAACGAAGAAGAAGAAGAAGAAAAAAAGGAUCAAAUAAAUGUUUAAUGAAAUGUUGUAAGACCUGUUCGAAAGUUCAAUCAUAAAUGAAAAAUAAAUGAAGAAGCUUCGAGAAACUUGAUUGAAAAACGAGACAGACGCCGGAAUCAUGCUCGAGCAAGUGGUCAGCAAUAAGGCCUCAAAUUGACCUUGUUUCAGGCGUGACGACAAACGAGAAAAACAAAAGGAAAAAAAUAAAUAAAUAAAAUGUACAACACAUUAGCAGAGAUAACAGGGAGUGCCCAUUUCAUGCCUGUGCAUAAACGAAGGAAGAUACCUGUUCGCAUGAAGCACCAUCAGAAUAUGGGCUCCUUCAAGAUCCUUGUUUUAGUAUUAACAAUUGGUGCAAGUCAGAAUUUCGUCGAUGCAUGUGGAGGUUGCGGACCUUCGCCAAUACAUGGCGAAUGGGGGUCAUGGGAAGGGCCUAGCUGGUUCAACACCAAAUGUAAAAAUGGGAUUAAGACCAGAUACCGCCAGUGUAACAAUCCCCACCCAGCUCAUGGUGGGAGUUACUGCCGCACGGACAUCCUGGGAAGAAGCAAGCAGAUAAAGUGCAGUCCAUGUGAAACAGACAAUGGAGGAUGUGAUCAUAUAUGUAUAGACGUUGGUGAUUCUCGCCGCUGUGAGUGCUACCCUGGUUAUCAGCUUUAUUCCGAAACUGGGUGCGAACUUCACAAGUGUCAAGCCUUAAGUGACCCGGACAAUGGUCAGAUCACUCCUGAUAUUUGUAAAGUAGAACCUCUCCACGGACAAGUAUGUUCCUACAACUGCAGUCCAGGCUACACACGCAAUGGGCCUGAGUCAAACAUGUGUGUUAACGGUCUCUGGACACAAGAUGGAUUUCACUGCCUGAUUCGCAAGUGUCAAGCCUUAAGUGCCCCGGACAAUGGUCAGAUCACUCCUGAUAUUUGUAGAACAAAACCUCUCCAUGGUCAAGUAUGUUCCUACGAGUGCAAUCCAGGCUACACACGCAAUGGGCCUGGGUCAAACAUGUGUGACGACGGUUUCUGGACUCAAGGUGGAUUUCACUGCCAGGACAAUGAAGCACCUUCGUUUCGCGACACGUGUCCACCUGAACAAAGUGUUUUCGCGGAUGAGGGGAAAACUUCAGCCACAGUGACCUGGGGACUAGUUACAGCUACAGAUAAUGAUCAAGCUAGUGUUAAUAUGUCUCCGAAAAUGACGUCACCACACGUGUUUUCUGAGGGAAAUCAUACCGUGAUCUACACUGCUACAGAUCCGUCCGGAAACACGAAUCUCUGCUACUUCCAAGUUACCGUUCAAGCUCUUCGAUGUUGUGUUGUCGGCCCUGCAAACGGCAGAUUGGAGAAUGUGGCCUGUGGAAAUGUCUAUGGAAGUGUGUGCCGAUUGGUAUGUUACAAGGGAUAUGAAUUGAGAGGAUCUGUUGAGAGAAAGUGCGACAAAAUAGCAGGGACAAAUGUGGUCCAAUGGACAGGAAAUACAACUUCAUGUUUAACUAUCCGCUGUCCAUCUCUCAAUACUCCCGAUCACGCCAUUCAGUCUGGGAACGGCUGCGGUGGUCCUAACUCAAGUUACAGCACAUCCUGCUUUUUUAGUUGCAUGUUGGGAUAUGAGGCUGUUGGGGGAUCACAGAAAAGAACUUGUCUGGAAUCAAGAGAGUGGAGUGGAACCGAAAUUCAGUGCAAACCAAUCACCUGUCGUCCAAUUACCAUUCCAUCGGAAGGACUGGACAUAACCCCCUCAUUCUGCACUAAUGUAAGCGCUGUCAUUCAUUACGCAACGGAUUGCCGAUUCACGUGCAUGAGCGGGUAUCAACACCAUGGACCUGGUCUGAAGACUUGUAACCAGCAGAAGACCUGGUCUCCACUAGGAAAUCCUUGGUGCAAAGAUGUCUCAGCACCAUUGUUCUCAAACUGUCCAUCAAAUAUUGGAGCUACCGCUGACAGGGGUACAAAGUCCACACAAGUCACGUGGUCUCACCCUAGAGCUGCAGACAACUCUGGCUUCAUUCCCAACAUAACACACUAUGGGAAACUACCUGGGGACACUUUCCCCGCUGGGGAACACAACAUCCGGUACUUGGCCUCAGACAAAACAGGGAACGUUGCCGAAUGCAAAUUCAAGGUCUUCGUUUUAGUAGUCCGAUGCCUGCCUACGUUGUAUGCUCCAGCUGGCGGCGCCUUACAGUGUACCAAAGACAAUCAGUACGGGUCAGAAUGCUCCUUCGCUUGUCACGAUGGUUACACCAUCAAUGGCUCAGGCCGCAAAGUUUGCGAGAAAGAUCCAGUUACAUCAAAGGGGGUGUGGACAGGCAAUGAGACAAAAUGUGAAGUGGCUAAGUGUACUCGACUCGUUCCACCACCUCACAGCAUUCAGUCUGGCUGCGGAGGCAGUUCCUUGUACAACGUGUUUGGUGAUAAAUGUCUUUUAUAUUGCGCCCGUGGCUACCGCCGGGUUAACGGCUCGACGGAGACGGUCUGUCUAGCAAAUGGCACCUGGUCUGGCGAGGAACCGUACUGUCAAGGUAGAGAAAGAAGUACAAAGGGUACAAAGUCCACACAAGUCACGUGGUCUCACCCUAGAGCUGCAGACAACUCUGGCUUCAUUCCCAACAUAACACACUAUGGGAAACUACCUGGGGACACUUUCCCCGCUGGGGAACACAACAUCCGGUACUUGGCCUCAGACAAAACAGGGAACGUUGCCGAAUGCAAAUUCAAGGUCUUCGUUUUAGUAGUCCGAUGCCUGCCUACGUUGUAUGCUCCAGCUGGCGGCGCCUUACAGUGUACCAAAGACAAUCAGUACGGGUCAGAAUGCUCCUUCGCUUGUCACGAUGGUUACACCAUCAAUGGCUCAGGCCGCAAAGUUUGCGAGAAAGAUCCAGUUACAUCAAAGGGGGUGUGGACAGGCAAUGAGACAAAAUGUGAAGUGGCUAAGUGUACUCGACUCGUUCCACCACCUCACAGCAUUCAGUCUGGCUGCGGAGGCAGUUCCUUGUACAACGUGUUUGGUGAUAAAUGUCUUUUAUAUUGCGCCCGUGGCUACCGCCGGGUUAACGGCUCGACGGAGACGGUCUGUCUAGCAAAUGGCACCUGGUCUGGCGAGGAACCGUACUGUCAAGUUGUCCAUUGUAAGUCCCUUCAAGCUCCAACAGAUGGUCAGGUGACACCAAGCUCUUGCAGAAAUUCCCCUCAGUACGACACUACAUGCCACAUUUCUUGUUCCAAAGGCUACAGACUGCAUGGACAGCCAAUAGUCACAUGUCUUAGUGAUGGUCAGUGGUCAAAAAACAGCACUUCCUUUUGCAAAGUAUCCAGGCAUUCAACAUUAUGUGCUCUACAUCUGAAAGAUACCAUACAAAAUUAUAGUGGCCAUGCCGUUGGCAAUGCAAUAAAUGGUCGUCACGCGUCCUUUUGUCUGUUUUGUUCUUUAGUUUUGCGAUGCAAAACAUUGCUCCCUCCAUUGAAUGGCUUUCUAGUGGGAGACUGUGACAACAGCUAUGGCUCCACAUGUAAAAUGAGCUGCGACGAUGGAUACAAUUUGGUUGGAUCCGAGACCCUUACCUGCCUUCACAAGCCGGGCCACAUUAAAGGGUACUGGGACAAAUCGGUUCCAGUCUGUAAAAUACGGUCAUGUCCUUCUCUAAGUGCGCCUCGGUAUGGCUUCAUUUAUCCGCGCAUGUGUACGUCUCUCCCGGUCAGCGGAACGGUCUGCCAUUUCGAAUGCAAAGAUCGUUUCCUUGGGAACGGUGGAGUUACCACGAUUCUUUGUGGAAACGAUGGAAAGUGGAGCAAAAAUGAAUCUUCGAUUUUACAAUGCCUUGAUGUUACCCCACCAGUGUUCAUGAAGUGUCCCUCAGAUAUUCGUGCAAAAAUCAAUGCAAAUGCCACAGCAUUGGUUAAUUGGACGGAGCCCGUCGCCCUGGACAACGGCGAUCUACCACCACAAGUUACUGUUGUUCCAGCAGAGAUCAGCCCACCACACAUCUUCAAUAAAACUACUCUUAUUGUGUACACUGCAAGGGAUGCAAGUGGGAACAAGAAAGAGUGUUCAUUUAGAGCUGUGUUGAAAGAUGUCACUCCGCCUGCGUUUAUGAGCUGUCCCGCAGACAUUCGUGCAAACAUCAGUGUAAACUCUACAGCAUUGGUAAACUGGACCGAGCCCGUCGCGCUGGACAACAGCAAGCUAUCACCAAACGUAACCGUUAUUCCUUCAGGGAUCAGUCCACCACACAUCUUUAAUAAAACUACACUUGUUGUGUACACUGCUAGCGAUACAAGUGGGAACAGGAAUGAGUGUUCGUUUACAGUUGUGUUAGAAGAUAAUUCAGGUCCCCAGAUUGUAUACUGCCCUCCAGACCAAGAAAUUACUGCUACGACGAUGAGAACAAUAGUGACGUGGAACAACCCUCAGUUUUAAGACAACAGCAAUAGUCCAUUAAUGAUAACAUGCAGUCAUCAAAGUGGGACUGAAUUUUAUUGGGGGACCUGGAAUGUGCAUUGCAUAGCCUACGAUAAUAAUCCCAAAAACAAGCCUGCCGUCUGUCAGUUUACACUCACAGUUAAACCGACAAAAUGCAGUGACCUGUCACCUCCUAAAGGGGGCGCAAAGGUUUGUGAUGACUGGAUAAUGGGUUCGAUCUGUUCACCUUCUUGUAACAAAAAGUGGGACUUUGCUCAGCCUUUGCUUUCGAGUGUGUGGGUUUGCGGAGCAUCAGGAGCUUGGAAGCCAACAAAUCGUUUUCCAGACUGUACAAAAAUAUAUCACGCUUACGCUGUCAAGACGGAAAUGGAUUUGAACUACUACUAUGGCAAUUGUACUACACCAGAAGUUCAGGCACAAAUAAAACAGAACUUUAUCCAGCUUUUGAACGAGACUUUCUUCAACGAGGUCUGUCACUCCGCACUUAAAGACAAGUGCAAGGCUGAAAAUGUGGAGGUCAAGUGCUCUGGGGUCGGUUUGGUCCCCAGUAAGCGAAAACGUUCAGGAGACGAUGACGGUUGUCAUAGCAGCACUGGAGGAUCAAUUCUACGAACCAAAAUUACUCUAAAUAUCGUCGGUAGGUUAAUAAUAUUACUUUAAGGAUUAACAUUUUGGAAAAAA